GCCGAGAAGAAACGUUUCCUAAUAAAAUGCGUCUGCGUCAGUCUGACAGGAAGUGAUGCUGGCUCAGCCGUGAGACAGGUGUUUCCAGAUGUUGGCGUGCUGGUCGUUGGUCUGCUGACCUGGAGGCUGAUCGUAAGACUGAACGCCGACACACACACGCAGCCUCAGGAGGAGGGACAGGAGGAGGAGGGGCAGCUGCAGGAGGACCUGAUGUUUGAGGAGGACUCUGUGCUUGGAGAGGAGGAAGAGGAGGAGGAAGGAGGCAGAAAGAGGCUUCUGGUUGAACUGGAGUCACUGGUUUGUAAAACCAGACAGAUUGUAGGAAACAUGACGACCGCUGGAGGGAAAGUCCUGCUGACGGCUCUACUGGGACUCACAGGUAUCAUCUUCCCCUCUCUCUCCUCCCUGCCCUACCUCCUCUGUUUCCAGGUGUUGUGUACCUGGUGGGCGUGGUCAGGCCAGGUCCCACCUCUCCUCUUCAGGGGGGUGUGUGUGAUGUCACUCCUCUACUCCUCCUCCCACUUCUUGCUCCUCUACUGCUACCAGCUUCCCUCAAUGCAGGAGGCGUGGCCUCCCAACCGCACCUCCGCCAGGUAACACACAUUUACCCUCCAUACAGGUAACACCACAGGGACAGGAAAGGGGGGAGAGGAGGAAAGGAAAGAAGGAAGGGGAGAAGGAAAGGAGGAGAGAGUGAAGGA